UUGGAUAAAUAAACCACGGUUUUCUCGGGCUAGACGGGAUUGACUGUCACUAGUCGAAAACCAAAGCCAACCUUGGGAAGCCUCCCCCCACCUUAAACCACCCAUUUUUUUCUCCCAAUUCUCUCACUAUUGUAACGGCUGCUGCUAGUUGCUUUCCAACUACAGCAAACACACGCACAGACAGACAAAAAGAGAAGGAAAAUUUGAAAGUUAUAUAAUUCAAGCUUGUGGGGUUGUUUGAUUUUUGGGCUUUCUUUUCUUUUUAUGAUGGCUGAGAGUGAUCAGGGUUUUGAGGGGGACCAGUCGACUGCAACAACUACUCGUUUUUCUCAGUUAUUGUUUGGUACUGGUGGUGGCGAUGAUGUUGUGGGUCUUGAUCUUGGCCAAGGUUUUAACUACAGCUGUUCUUUCGCUGUUCGUGAUCAUGACAAGUCCCCCAAAAUGCUUUGCUUUGGGGGUCACCAAACUGAUGGUCAGAUUGUGUUUGGUAAAGAAUCUACCAUUAUUGCUGCUAAAAAAACGGCUGCAUGCAGUGAUUCUUCCUCGGCUUCUUCUGGUAACAACGCCAAAUCUUCCCAGGAUCCCUCGAUAUCGAAUAGAAAGAGGAAUGGCUUCAUUGUUGAAACUCGACCGGCAAGUCUAAGGGCCAAUAAGAAGUCCAAGGCUGAUAAUCCCACAACCACUGGGCAUUCAAAGGUGAGGAAGGAGAAGAUAGGUGAUAGAAUCACGGCAUUGCAGCAGCUGGUUUCACCCUUUGGCAAGACAGAUACAGCAUCAGUGCUGCAUGAAGCGAUGGGUUAUAUACGGUUCCUGCAUGACCAAGUUCAAGUCCUUUGUUCUCCUUAUCUGCAACACCCACCCAACGAAGGUGAAGAAGCAGGGAAGGAGCUGAAGAGCAGAGGGCUAUGCUUGGUCCCUAUUGCCUGCACUUUGCAUGUGGCGAAUAGCAACGGUGCCGAUUUCUGGUCGCCGGCAAUGGGAAACGAUGUAUAAUAUAAAGCAGUGGUGGCGAAGAGAUUUUGACAGCUCGUU